GGGGGCGGCAGCGCAGGUGUCGCGCCCGAGGGCAGGUGCGGGCGGCAGGCUCGGUUCGGCUGGGGACCGGUGCUCCCGAGGCCUCAUGAAGCCGCAGGAGCCGCCGGAGAGCGGCCCCACCGCCGCCGCCGCGCUGGAGGCGCUGAAGCAGCGAGCAUGCGAGAGCGUGGAUCUCAACGCUGCGCGUCUGGGCGCACUGAGCCGCGACAUCUGGAGCCGUCCCGAGCUGGCGUACGCGGAGCACCAGGCGCACGACGCCCUGACCCGCUUCUUCUCCGGCGGGGACCUGCCCGGCGCCGCCUGGGCCGUGCAGCCGCGCUAUAAGCUGGGCACAGCUUUCCGCGCUGACUGGGGCACGGCGGCCCCGCAGGACCCGCUCCGCCUCGCCUUCCUCUGCGAGUACGACGCGCUGCCCGGGCUCGGGCACGCCUGCGGCCACAACCUCAUCGCCGAGGUGGGAGCCGCCGCCGCGCUGGCGCUGAAAGCCGCCCUGGAGAGCCUGACGGAGCCCGUGGCCGUGCAGAUCACGGUGCUGGGGACGCCCGCGGAAGAGCAAGGAGGAGGCAAAAUAGACCUGAUCAAGGCUGGAGCGUUCGAUGGCCUGGAUGUGGUUUUUAUGGCGCACCCCUCGCAAGAAAACGCUGCUUAUCUGCCCGACGUGGCCGAACAUGAUGUGACUGUGAAAUACUAUGGAAAAGCUUCUCAUGCUGCUGCUUAUCCUUGGGAAGGAGUUAAUGCAUUAGAUGCUGCUGUUCUUGCGUACAACAAUCUGUCUGUUUUAAGACAGCAAAUGAAACCGACCUGGAGAGUUCAUGGUGUAAUAAAAAAUGGUGGUGUGAAACCAAAUAUCAUUCCUUCUUACACUGAACUAGAGUUUUACUUGCGUGCUCCUUCAAGAAAAGAGCUUUCUGUUCUGACAGAGAAAGUUGAGAACUGCUUCAAAUCUGCAGCAGUGGCCACAGGAUGCAAGGUGGAAAUAAAAGGUGGUGAAAAUGAUUACUACAAUGUGCUUCCAAAUAAGAGCCUGCAGAAAAUUUACAAGGAGAAUGGAAAGAAGCUUGGAAUAGAUUUUAUAUCAGAAGAUGCUAUCUUGAAUGGUUUGUCAGGUUCCACGGACUUCGGAAAUGUUACAUUUGUGGUCCCUGGGAUUCAUCCUUACUUUUAUAUUGGCUCUGAUGCAUUGAAUCAUACUGAGCAGUACACAGAAGCUGCAGGGUCACAGACUGCUCAGUUCUAUGCCUUGCGCACAGCAAAAGCUUUGGCUAUGACAGCACUGGAUGUCAUUUUCAAGCCAGGUCUUUUAGAAGAAGUCAGGGAAGACUUUAGAGAAGUGAAGCUGAAAGAAGAGGAGCAAAUAAAUCCAGUAGAACCUAAAAAAGAAUCUGGUGUUGGUGUAGGAGCAUGUGCAUCACACUAAACUUGAUUAAAACAUUCUCAGUAGGAUUGACUUAAUGGAGAUGCUGUAUUUAAAUCCCAAUAGGGGAUGGAUAAAUACAUAGCUGAAGAAAUGAUGAUUUUAUUUUAUUUUGACUUUAGGAGAAGUAAAUAGUGUCAUUGCUUUCAAAAAUGUGAAAUUUCAUCUAGCUGUAAUGUUUGUGUUCACUAUGGUGAUGAUUUUCAUACAGAGAUCUCAAAUAUGUUCUCUUAUUGCAGUGUUGAAUAAAUUACAGUGUUUAGAUCCCUUGUCAGUAAUUUUCUAUGUAAUGCUAUGGUAAUAUUCCUUGUAAAGGAAAUGUGGCAGUUUUCUGUUCUAAAAUAAGCACUUUUCAUUCAGUGAUCAUACGCUGAAUCUGAUCUGUGAAGCUUUUAUGAAAUUUUUGGUCAGUCACUUUUCUUGGGACAAGAUGGAGACUUAAAACAUGAGCUGGUUUCACAGGAGAGAAGGGACUGUGUUUGGAAAUAUACCUGGUUUUGAUAAUAAUAGCUUCUAGCAAUGGAAGACAACUGUUUGUAUGGGAGUGCAGUCUGUGAAGCUUGAUUGUUCUGAAACACAUUGAUUUUCCUCCUAAUAAAUUUCAGAGGUGUUGUGGAGAAGUCAUGGAUUACAAAAUUGGAAAGCAGCUAAAUAUGUAUUUGAAUUAACACAUUUAAACUACCGCAGGAAAAAUUCUGCUCUGAGGCAAUACAGGUGUCCACACAAGAUGUUGCAUUGGCUUAACAGAUCUGAAGGAGGUGUAUAAAUUUAGCUAAACCAGUGGAGAUCUUUGUCACAAAGCUACAAGUGUGGUGCCGUGAAGCAAUAAAUGGUUGUAUGCAAGGCCCUCUAGUAAGCUCAGUGGGGCUUGCAGUGAGGACUGCUGGUGCAGUAACUGGCUUCUUUAACCUGUUUGUUCCUGUGUCCUAAGCAGCAGAUCUGUUACCUCUUGCCAGUUGUCCUUUCUGUGUGUUGUGUGGUUAGUCCAUUCAAUCUUCGUUAUUUUGCUUCCCACAGGCUUUAAUACUGCAGUUUUAUUUAGGUAGUGUUCUGUGUGCCCAAACAUGUUAGGAUGUCUUUUAACUCACUGGUUAAAGAAUGUCGUGAGUACACAGAAAAGAAGUCAGUGGACAGAUGGAGUGAGAAAGCAAGUUACUGAUUAAGGUUUUCCUAAGCACAGGUAUUACUGUAAGCUUCAGAAAGAAAGGCAGGCAAGCUAAGCUGUAUUCCUCAGGAAGUCAGAAUAACUGACUUUCAGAAAUUUUAUUUUUUUUUUUUAUUAACGGUCUCUAACUGGUAAACUCUAAAAUUCUGUUCAGCAUUUUUAGUUUGUUGAUUUCUAUAUUCACUUCUCUGAACUAAAAAAACGUGCCUUCAUUUUGUUGUAAUCAUUGCUGGAAUUAAAAUGGAAUUGAAGUACUGGUUAAAGAUGAGUUGAUAUCAAUAAAGGAGUUUAAUUGUGGUUGAA